AAACCUGCGGCUGCGUGGGAGCGUGCGCGUCCUGCACUGUUGCGGAGGGAAUGAUUUUACUGCAACGAGGUGAUCCACGCACGGUUCUCCAGUCCAGUCCUGUCCCUGAUUCCGGUCCUGAGUGAACGCUUGUCUGGUUGAUGAUGAACCCCGGAGUGCUCCUGUGUGAGAGGAGUGCAAAGCGAUGUGCUGCUCAAGUGCUCCGAAUGGCAGCGACCCUGCAGCCGCCUCCUGUACCCCGGGGCUCCAAACGUGGCUCCUCCAGGGGGUUCUGCAGCCGGCCCCCUCCCUGGCAGUUUGGUAGUGGAGAGCGCCAUGGGGCCCCCUGCGCCCCCCCAGCCAGGCCCCUGGGGGCAGACGAGUGCGUGUCGCUCUGGGAACAGCUCUUCAGUGAGAGAGGGGUCUCAGAGCCCAGGCUGUCCAGUGAAUACAUCGUGGCUCACGUCCUCGGAGCCAAGACUAUGCAGAGUCUGAGAGCCGGCAGGCAGGAGCAGUCCCUCACAGAGACACAGAUACAGAGUCUGAGAGCCGGCAGGCAGGAGCAGUCCCUCACAGAGACACAGAUACAGCGGGUGUGGGAGCUGUGUUCCAAGAGGCUGCAGAGGAUGCCUGUACAGUACGUGAUUGAGGAGUGGGAUUUCCGGGAGCUGACGUUAAAGAUGAGGCCCCCUGUCUUCAUCCCCAGACCGGAAACAGAGGAGCUGGUGGGCCUGGUGAUGGAGGAGCUCCGGACGAGAGGCCCAGCGCAGGAUUCUCCGGCCAGCCUGCGGUUCCUGGAGGUGGGCUGUGGGUCAGGAGCCGUGUCCCUCAGCCUGCUGCACCACUGUCCGCAGUGCCAUGCUGUGGCGGUCGACAGAAGCUCGGAGGCCUUAGACCUGACCAGGGAGAACGCUGAAAGGCUGGGAGUGCUGGAGCGCUUACAGAUCGUCCAGCUGGAUGUUUUAUUGGACGCAGACUCCGUGCUCUGUCAGUGUGGCUCGGUGGAUUUCAUCGUCAGUAACCCUCCCUACGUGUUUGCUGAAGACUUGCCCCUCCUGGAGCCCGAGAUCCUCUGGUACGAGGAUCAGCGGUCCCUGGAUGGGGGUGAGGGAGGAAUGGACGUGAUCAAGCAGAUUCUCUGCAUCGGGACCCGCGCUCUGAAGAAGAAUGGCUCUGCAGGGCUGGCCAGUGGAGGGCACUGCUCACCGCUGUGGAACUCGAGAAGGGAAGCGAGUCUGAUCGAAGAGGGGAUUCACAGCAGCUCACCUUCUCGUGAACAGGGAACGACCUUCAGCACCCUUAAAGAGACAGGACCCUGUUUAGACAUGCUUAAACUGGGGUGGAGCGACCCCAACAACAUAUUCACUGAGAGUGUAAAUACUGAGACCAGCGACCUCAACAACAUAUUCACUGAGACUGUAAAUACUGAGACCAGCGACCCCAACAACAUAUUCACUGAGACUGUAAAUACUGAGACCAGCGACCCCAACAACAUAUUCACUGAGACUGUAAAUACUGAGACCAGCGACCCCAACAACAUAUUCACCGAGACUGUAAAUACUGAGACCAGCGACCUCAACAACAUAUUCACUGAGACUGUAAAUACUGAGACCAGCGACCCCAACAACAUAUUCACUGAGACUGUAAAUACUGAGACCAGCGACCUCAACAACAUAUUCACUGAGACUGUAAAUACUGAGACCAGCGACCUCAACAACAUAUUCACUGAGACUGUAAAUACUGAGACCAGCGACCCCAACAACAUAUUCACCGAGACUGUAAAUACUGAGACCAGCGACCCCAACAACAUAUUCACCGAGACUGUAAAUACUGAGACCAGCGACACCAACAACAUAUUCACUGAGACUGUAAAUACUGAGACCAGUGACCUCAACAACAUAUUCACCGAGACUGUAAAUACUGAGACCAGCGACCCCAACAACAUAUUCACUGAGACUGUAAAUACUGAGACCAGCGACCCCAACAACAUAUUCACUGAGACUGUAAAUACUGAGACCAGCGACCCCAACAACAUAUUCACUGAGACUGUAAAUACUGAGACCAGCGACCCCAACAACAUAUUCACUGAGACUGUAAAUACUGAGACCAGCGACACCAACAACAUAUUCACUGAGACUGUAAAUACUGAGACCAGCGACCCCAACAACAUAUUCACUGAGACUGUAAAUACUGAGACCAGCGACACCAACAACAUAUUCACUGAGACUGUAAAUACUGAGACCAGCGACACCAACAACAUAUUCGAAUGUCCCCUGGUAAAGCUGUAUUAG